GGAAGUACUAAAUAACUAGUAUAUAACCAGUCGCUAAUGCCUUUUUUAAUUGUGUACUAAAAUGGGUAAAAAGCGUCGCAGCGAAGACUCCGCGGAGUCAAACACUCCGGCGAAAAAAGAGAAAGCUCCGGAGUUCAAUGGGACUUUAUUUAAAGCUAUGCUAAAGGACCCAACUACGGCCAAGAAGGGACUGCAGACGUUCAUAUCAACCGCCAAGAAGCUGCCCUGCUCUGACCUGUAUGAUGUGGUUGAAGGUUACAUUAAAAUCUCCAUGGAGUGUGCAGAAAUAUUCAAACUGCUAGAAGGAGAGAAGCACAAUGAGAAUGAGAUGAUGCCGGUUUUUGAGAGUUUGGAGGUGAUCCUUCUGAGGACGGCCAGUGACCUGUCCCACUUCAACAUGGUCGGCAAUGCCAUUGUGAAAAAGAUUGUUUCCAGCCACAUGAAACUUCUGCAGGGGUCUUUCAAUUCAGAAAAUCACAGGUUUGUCCGUCAGUGCCUCGGCCUCCUGUCUGCCUUGGUGUCUCAGGGUCCAGAAGCUGCCAGAGAGGUUUUAAGUCACAUUUACAUUAACAGAUCUUUGUCUGGACUGGCAAAGAGAAAGGACAAGAAGGGUAGACCUGAUGUCCGUCAGGCUUUUAUCCAGUUUGUCCUGUCCUUUUUGGUGUCUGGAGACAAUGCUGCAGUGGGACAAAUAUUAGAACUCAAAGAGCUCCUGCCAGAGAUUCUGAAUACAGGUCUGAGGGAGGACAGGAUGUCCACAGUCAAUCUGAUUUUGUCCACAUUGAAGACCAGAGUUGUACUAAACAAGGCCAUUAGUAAAACACAGAAAGUGCGCUUUUUCACACCUGCUGUAUUGGCCAACAUCGCAUCUCUGUAUAAAUGGAAUGGGAUCGUGGAUGCAACCACUGAUGACGACAGGAUGGUGGAAGACUCAGAGCUUGCUGGGAUUUCAGUCGUCCGGGAACUUGUUCACAGUUUCCUUCUUGACCUGUGCUGCUCCCGUAAGCAUGGUAUCAGUUUUCAUGAUGCCAGCUUUGGCACGGUCGGCAGAGCUGGCAACAUUGUCUUGCUUCAGUUCUUGGUGGGUCUGAAACAAGCGACAGAGGAUGAAUUGGUGGCAGAGCUGGUGGUGAAUGUGAUGAAAGCAAGCCCAGACAUUCUGUCCAGAUACUUCAAGGAGACACAGCAUUCGUACACCCCACGCCUCAAAAGUGCUUGGCAAGACAACGUCAAGUUUCUUAAAAAGAUCUAUGAGGCCCAACCAGAGAUUUCAACAGUCUUUCAUGCUAAUGAGCUGAUCCCAGUGCCUCGCCUGCUCUCCAUGAUUAUGGUGAUAUCACUUCCUCCUGUCUGUAACAAGGUCUUCUUCACCCAAGGCCUCAAUCUUACCAACCAAGCAGUGCAGCUUACAACUCUGUCCAUGGUGAAUUUCAUCUUGAAAAGAGCUAACAAGAAUAUGGAGUAUCUUUUGGAUGAGUCUGUGUGGUCCAACUCAGACUUGUACACUCUCGACAUGAUGGAGGAAGUGGUGCAGCAGUACAGGGAGACACUCAGCAAGAUUUUACCAGACAUGACAAAGAUAAUUGAAAAGUGGCAGUCGCUUAGCAAGAAGGAAAAGACUGAUGGAGAAGAAAAAAAGACCCAAACUGAAGGAAAUACUGAACUGACUGAAAAUGACGUGCCUGUUGCGGAAACAGCUGAGGUCAUUUUGCUGAAGGCUCUAAUUCUUCAGGUCAUAUGUCUUUACCAGAAAGUGGUGCCACAUCUGGUUAGCCAGUGCAAAUUUGACUUCAGCAAGCUCUUUAAAGGGAUUGUCUCAGACAAGGGAAUGAGAGAAGAAGUUCCCCCGGUUUUGCAGUAUCAGGUAUUGCAGCUGGCCUUAGAACUUCCUGCAAGUAAAUUCUCCUGGUUCCGCAUACAGGAUAUUGCAGAUUCAGAAUCAUCAUCUGGGGAGAAGUCAGUGCUUUACCUGCUUCUCAAGAUGUUUGUCAGCAGUAGUGGCAGCAGCCACCUGAAAACCUCCACACAGAUGCUGGUUCAAAAAGUGUUAAAGGACACGGGGGUGUUUGAGCACACCUGGACUGAGCUUGAGCUCUGGCUCGAUCAUCUCACCAGAGUCGACCCAAACCAACAAGAGACAGUCAUCCAGUUCUUGGAAAAGGUGUUGGUUAAAGUGGUGUGCAGUUCCUACACAUACACGGAUAAAGUUGCCAGCCUGGUCCAGGAGGCAGCUCAUCUGCAAGCUAACCUGAGUAGCCAGGAGGGCGACGCAGCAAGUAUCCCAGUCUCACACAUAGAUGAUGUCCUGGACAUGCUGGAUGUCAUUAUGGAGGGUAAUGACGGUGAGAUGGAGGAGUUCGGGCCGUCUCUGAGUGAAGACCUCAUUAUCCAAACCUUCCCCUUCAGUGUGGUGGUGCCUGCUGCUCUGGAGUCCCGAAACAAACUGCCAGCAGACAGGGGGGUGGUGUCUGAAUACUUGUCUGCAGUCCUUUCAGAUGUGCUGCACUGUCAGAGAGAUCCGCUCCCACUCUGUCUGGCUCUGCUGCACUAUGAUAAGGAGCUUGUUUCCUCCGAACUCUCUGCUUCUCCUAAUCCAGCCAUCAUACACUUUCAUCAGUAUUACACCAAAUGGUUACCACAGCAGUGCCACGAGGAACUGUUCAAGUCUUCUGAAUGCCACUCAAAGGGAUUGCCAACCCCCACGUCAUGCACUGCACUGAUGAAAGCUGCUUAUCUUCAAGGAGCAAACACUUUGCUUGAGAACGCAUUCAGGGAAAAUGUAGAAGGAGCUCUAGCUUCCAUGUCAGUGGCUGAGUUUCCAGUUGCAAUCAAGCAGGUCUUACUUUACAUCAAAUCAACAGCGGACAACUUUGGCACGUUCUCCAAAGAUGUAGGCGCUUCCCUUUUGAGCACCUUAAUGGGAAUACUCAAAGAUAUGGUGACCAAGCUACAAGACCUUAAAGAGACCAAAAACUCUGAGCCAGCAGCUGAGAAAUCCCAAGAAGGAUCAGACCUCUUCCUGGAACUCAACCAGUCAGCUCCAGUAGAAGUCAAUAAAGAGCAGAUCCUUGUUUCAGCGCUUGGCUCCAUCUUCAAGCACCCAUGUCUGGAGCAGUGGUUUCUGGCUCUGGAGCUCUCUGCAUUGCCUCCUCACUCCCUGAACCCUGCUAGACUAAAGCAGCUGUGUGCUCAGUUGACUGAUGGUGUUCUGGCCAUACUGAAGAUCAGCGCCCCAGUGCUUCGGGAUCUGAAUCAUUCGGAGCUUCUCUGUAGCUACAUGGCAGCUGUAGAAAGAGCUGCACUCAAAGAAUUGAUGGAGAAGGGUUCUCAACCUGCAAAGAAACACUCCAGACCUUUCCAGGCACUGCUGUCUCUGCACAGCUACAUGGAUUCUUGUAAUCUCAGGGAGGUGGUCUCAAAGUUGCUCCUCCUCUCCCAAAGCAGCCUUAUCUCCCCCAGCAGUGACGGGACACAAUCUGAGCUCAGCAAUUACGGUCACGCAGCACUGCAGAUCCUCACAGAGUGUAAAUCUGCUUCUUCUCAGGACCAGGGCACAUUCUUAACACAGGCACACUUCCAUGGCUUGGGCACCCUGCUGCUAUCCUGCACCAGCCCUGCACUGGAGGCUUUCCUGCUGCACACUCUGUCUAGUGAGCCAGGCAGUGCCAAGCUCAUCCACACAGAUGUGCUGUUGCACUGUCUCCAGCGGCCUCUCGGUGACACUCUGGCUAUUAGCUCUCUGCUGCUGCAGAACAGCUCCACUCACUGCCUCUUCUUUGAGAUGUGGUGCCUUGAAUCUGCAAAUAUUGAGAAGUUCUCAGACCAGACAAAAACCUUCCUUCCACUGAUUAAUGCCUACUUGCAACUGGCAGAUAGAGAGGAUCCAGCCAGACCCCAAGAUGUGCGAAAUGAAGUUUUAAAAGCCUUGAAGCGAGGACUGCUUGCCAAAUUGUCUCAAAGUGUCCUGGAAAAUCUGUCCGAGGACUCCGGAGCCCAGCUUGCAGAAACACUUGCUCAUUUGAUCAAGAUCUCUGCAAACAUCAAGGACAUCAGGGAUCUUAUCAACAAUCUCCCCAAUGCUCUUCAAAACAUAGACAGUUUUGAAAGAUGGAAACUGGUGGAUGUUAUUACUGAAAAACUUGCUGAUUGCCCAGAGGAGCAAGAGAAAUGGAAGAAGUCUCUCGCCACUGCAGCCCUCAAGUUUCUCAUCGCCUCGUACAGUCACUCUAAAGAUCAGGCUGCUUCUCCAUCAGACCAGGAGCAGAGCAUCUUGAACAGAUUGCAGCAACUCCUGACAUCAGCUGAAGACAUCACUGCAUCUGAGUGGAACAGCUUUGUCAAAAAUGGACUGAAGUAUCGCUACAGAGAUCAACACUUCCUCAGCACUUUGAUUAGCCUAUUGGAGCUGAUGUACAGUGGCAGUGAAGUCCACAAAGACCGAAUACCUUUAUCCACUCUUCACAUGAUGACCAUCAGCCACUCUCUGUUCCUGCCCACCAUGUUAGCCUCUGAUGAAGAGCUAAGCAGUGGCCUCGCUAAAGAAGAGCUGAUAUCCCUUCUUCUCUGCCUGGUGAAGAAAUGCCCAUCCGUCUGCAACAUCAAUCACUUUGUUGUACUUUUGGGAUCAUACGGAGCCACACUGUGUGUUUCAGAUCAGAAACUGUUACUGCUUCUUCAGGAAUAUGAAAAAAACCAAGUCAGUCUGCUGAAGUUUCAAUCGUUCUUGUGGGGCCCAGCAGCUUUGGAGCACCACAAGACCAGGAAAAGCCUGGGAGCCUCGCUGUGGAAGCAGGCGAGCUCAGAUGACCUAUUGGCUCUGCUGAAAACUGACAAGAUGCUCCAAACUGUUGCACACUUUCCACAGCAGCGCAGAAUCAUUCCACAGGAUGGUACGGAGCUGCUGUACAGCAAUGAUGCAGUGAAGGACCUUGGGAAUUUGUAUGAUCCUUGUUUUCUUUUGCCUCUAUUCAGCACCAUACUGCAGCCAGAGUGCGUUGUUGACUGCCUCAAGUUUGUAUCCAGCCACGCUCUUGGCGUAACCGUAACGGCUCUCAGUAGCUACGACCCGAAGGUGAGAGCGGCAGCAUACCAUGUGCUUAGCUGCUUCUACCAACACCUGGAGGGUGCGCGGUUCAGAGAGAAGAGACAGCUGCUGUAUUUGAUGGACACAGUAAAGAAUGGAAUUAGACAGCAGAAUCAAAGGCUUCCGUUUGUCCUGACCACUUACAUCAGCAAAGCAGCUCAGCAGAUGCUCAAACCUGAGGACCACAUGUACGUAGUGUUAAACCGGUUUCUGCUGUCCCAUCAAAGUUUGGACUUCAGAAGAGUCCCUGAGUUCUUCAAGCUGUUUUAUGGCUUCGACUUAGAGCACAAGAUGGAGCGUGAGUGGAUCCUCUCUGUGCUGGAGGAGGGGAUAAGAGAUGGACACUGCUAUCAACUGUGUAACCAGCAAGGCAUCUUUCAGAUCCUUUUAGGCUUCAGCAGCAGCCCAUUGUGUGAUGAGCGCUUCCAGGCACAGAUCAUCAGGGUGUUGUGCCAGGCUGUCCGUGUUACCAAAGCAGCUUAUAACCUCAUCAAGAGCUCUGGCCUACUCACCUGGGUGAUGCAGGUAGUUGAAAAAAGGAAUCUAGAUCAGCAGCUCCUAUGUGCCAUCAUUGAACUGCUCCAUGUGCUGUGGUUUACUAACCUCGGGCAGAAGGAGAAGCAGGCAGAUGAAGCAAAGGCCUCCUCGUCUACUGAGGAAAAACCUCAGAGCUUAGUGAAAUGUCUCCCACUCCCACUCAUCAGCGAAUUCUUGUUUGUUGCGUCAACUAUCAGCAGACACCUCAGGUUGGGUGUGAAGGCCGCUCAGCUGAGACUGUUUCUGCAGACUCUUUGCUCGGUACUGAAGCAUCGUGAGACAGCUCUCAAUGCAAACAAACAGGCUGACUGGCUCACACUUCGCCCACAGUCUCUCUCCAGUACCGAAACCCUCUCUCUGUUUCUCUGCUGGGCGUCCUUGUCCCGCAACACAGCACUCCUCACCCAAAUACAAGCCUUGACUGAAAAGCACAAAGUGAAGGAGCUGAUGAGAAUGGGAAAGGAUAAAGCCAAAGGAAAGGGCUCCUUUUCCCAGGCCUGCAAACGAAAAGAGAAUCUGGCAGAAGAUGCUGAGAGUGAAAAGCAAGAAGAGAGUCUCCUGACAGAAUGUAAAUUUUACCUCAGCAGUGUCUUUAUUCACUGGGAGCCUGUGCUUCACCUCACAGAACCUCAGCCGUCUCAGCCAAGAGACAAACUGGAUCCCAGUCGGUUGGCCAGUGAUACUGCGCACCUGCUUACCAAGUGGUCCCUGAGGUGGUUGGUGGAGGACUCGUAUGAUGAGAACAGAGCAAAGGAAUUCUUGCACUGGUUUGAAAACGCUGUGAUAAAACACAGAGAAACUGUGGAUGCUGUGCUGCUCGAUCUUGGCUUGAAAGCGGACCUCCUUAGGUUCUACCAUCAGGCCUUUGAAGCUCAGUGUCACUCCAGGAUCUCAGGAAGAGCAGAAACAUUCCAGCUUUUUACCAACAUCAUGAUCCGCUUACUGGAGACCCAGGGCCACCUUCCAGAGCUACAUCAAGCAGUUGUCUCUGCCUGCAUGCCAGGAGCCACACACGAUCAGUCUAGACUUGAAGCAGGGCUGUCGCUGUUGUCACUGUACAUCCAUGAAUUGUGGAGUGGAGCCACAUCAGCAGAGCUGUUCCUGUCUCAUGUCAAUUUGGUGACCAAGGCCAAGUACAAGAAACCAAAAGCGGUGAAAUCCUCAGUGACUCAAACAGCUAUCAGAGCCAUCUGUAGUGAUAUCGUCACCAUGAAGGUUUAGACAUUGUAUGUGAACACUUUUGUGUUCUAUAAAGACACCCCAUCAGACUUGACAGACUUUCAUUUUGCUGUUUCGUUCUUGUAAAUUGACUUUAGAUCAUUUGUGAACAUUUGUAAAACGAUUUUGUUAUGUUGAUUUUCAGAUUUGUUCAUAUUUUGUAUUUUUUUCAAAAUAACACAUGGUUCUUGUGUGACCUAAUUUUUAAUUGCGUGUAUUUGCAUGUACAGAACUCCGACUUCCUCCCACAGUCCAAAAACAUGUUGAGGCUAAUUGGUGAUUCUAAAUUGUCCGUAGAUGAGAGUGUGAGUGUGCUCGUUUGUCUUUGUAUGUAGCCCUGCGACAGAAAGGCGACCUGUCCAGGGUGUCUCCUACCUUCCCCCUGAGUCGGCUGGGAUAGCCAUCUUCCUGGGGAGAGUUCUUAGGACUGAUGAAAUGAGAUGGUAAAUGGAUGGAUGGAUUAUGAACGCUUGUGUAAGCUGCUGCAUAACAAAUCGCCCCUCUGGGACAAAUAAUAAAUUUGAAGUUGAAGUCGGAUGGAUGGAUGGAUGGAUGCAUACAUGCAUGUACAUAUUUAUAUUAUUGCCUUGGACUAAAUUCAAAAACUUGGAUUCAAAUGUAGUCUUAUCAAUGAAGCACAAUAAUAAACUAGCUGUUCUUGUUCUUUUAUUAUCAA